AGCCGGAGGGGUGUACGCGGCCCAGGUGAGCCGGGCCCACCUGAGGGAGUCCCGGGCGAGCAACUUCUGUCGGUGUUUGCGGCUGCAGGAGUCCACAACCAUGGAUGAUUUUCAUGCGCUUUGAGACCUGCUUUAUAUCCAGGUUUUCCUUGAAACCUACCCGAAAGUUGAGUGAAUUGUAGAACAGACCUAAGGUGGAAUUAGAAUUUUGAAGCACAGCCUUGAAGGCACAAGCUUGUAAUCUCAGCUACUUGGAAGUAGAAGCAAGAAAUUUGCUGAUUCGAGGCCUGCAUGGGCUACAAGGCCGGUAGUGGCAGAGUGGCAGAACUAUGCUUCGUGGUGUUCUGGGAAAGGCCGUUCGACUUGCUGGCUAUACCAUUCAGUAUGGCUGUAUAGCUCAUUGUGUUUUUGAAUACGUUGGUGGUGUUGUAAUGUGUUCUGGACCAUCAAUGGAACCCACAAUUCAAAGUUCAGAUAUUGUCUUUGCAGAAAAUCUUAGCCGACAUUUUUAUAGCAUCCAAAGAGGUGACAUUGUAAUUGCAAAAAGCCCAAGUGAUCCAAGAUCAAAUAUUUGUAAAAGAGUAAUUGGUUUGGAAGGAGACAAAAUCCUUACCACUAGUCCAUCUGAUAUCUUUAAGAGCAGUAGUUAUGUGCCAAUAGGUCAUGUUUGGUUAGAAGGUGAUAAUUUACGUAACUCUACAGAUUCCAGGUACUAUGGACCUAUACCAUAUGGACUAAUAAGAGGACGGAUCUUCUUUAAGAUUUGGCCUUUCAGUGAUUUUGGAUUUCUGCGUGACAGCCCAAAUGCCCACAGAUUUUCUGAUGAUUAGCAAGCAUUUGCUUUUUUAUUUGAUUAUUGUCUCCUAUUCAAAUGAAUUUAUUACUGCAAUUGAAACCAUGGACAUAACAAUAAACUAUUUGCUAUUCA